GUUUCCAAAAACCUUAAGGACCAAACAGCAAGAAGAAUAGUUUGUUACUUUGAUAAACCCCGCCUGAAUACUUUCUCAGGAAAACCCUUGUCACGACACUGUACGCGCAUAUUUGACAUACAUAGCGAAAGGCAGUAAAAAUGGAGGAGAAAGUAAAAUUGAUGGCAUUAGUAGGAGCUGGGGCUCUUCUGGGUUCUGCUUCUACCCUCUUUUUUCUCAAUCAUCUUCCCAGCAGAAGAAUCACUCCCCAAUGCAGUAGUAAAAUUGAUAUUUUAUAUGGUAAAGAAAUUGUAUCUGAACCGUCUUUGGGAAGCUGCAGGGUCGAUGGAGAUAGGAAUUGUGAAGUGACUGCUACGGACCUUUUAACAGAUGACAUAGUUGCAGAACAGUUGACCAGGAACAUUCAGUUCUUUGGUCAUGAGUCUCAGUGCAAGGUGACUGCAUCAUAUGUCGUAGUCAUUGGUCUUGGAGGUGUUGGGAGUCAUGCUGCAUCUAUGCUUCUUAGAUCAGGAAUUGGGAGACUCCUCCUCGUGGAUUUUGACCAGGUUUCUCUCUCAUCCUUAAAUCGGCAUGCUGUUGCGACACGAGCAGAUGUUGGUAUCUCUAAAGCUGAGUGCCUGAAGAAGCAUUUCUCAACAAUCUUCCCAGAAUGCCGUAUAGAAGCAAAAGUACUAUUAUAUGAUGCAUCAUCCGAAGAAGAAAUUCUUUCUGGCAACCCUGACUUUGUUUUGGACUGCAUUGAUAACAUUGACACAAAGGUUGCACUUCUUGCUGCAUGUGUGCGUAGAGGUUUAAAGGUCCUAUCUGCAACUGGAGCUGGUGCUAGAGCUGACCCAACAAGAAUACGUGUUGCUGAUUUGAGAGAGUCAACAAAUGAUCCAUUAUCUCGUUCGGUAAGACACCGCCUGAGGAAAGAGUAUGGCAUUGAUGGUGGCAUCCCUGUUGUAUUCUCUCUUGAAAAACCUAAAGUUAAAUUACUUCCGUUUAAGGGACCAAGUGGAGAAGAAGAUAAUCCUGCCGAUUAUCAGAUAGUCCCAGGCUUUAGGGUUCGUAUCAUACCUGUUCUUGGUACCAUCCCUGCGAUUUUUGGACAGGUCAUGGCCUCAUAUGUCUUGACACAACUAGCCGGAUUUCAAGUUCAAACCGAACCUGUGGUAAACUUUGAUUUGGAUCAUUACCGGGUGCUUCAUCAACGUCUUAUUGAGCAUGAAGAAUCACUAUAUGGGACAGCCGAGGAAGUCCAGGUAGACAUUGAAGAAGUAAAGUAUAUAGCGAAGGAGUUAUGGCAUGGACGAAGUGCUAGGGAAGAGUUUGCAAAAGAUGUUGGACGUGGAAUGUGGCGAUCUGUUAAUGAGUUAAUGCUUGUCAGGUGGGACAAGGCAAAGCCUGCUUCUGUGUCAAACUUAAUUCUUUUAAAAUUUCAAGAGGCAGAUGAACAUGAACCAAGAACACUCGAUGAAAUUAAGGAAAAUGAACCGGAAUUUUUUGAGAGGAUUGCAUCUGUUUUGAAACGCGCUGAGCUGGACUUCUAAUUUGUGAAUACCUAUGCUUGGUCCAUUACAAUUUUGAUGAAGAUGUGAUAGCUUCUCGACCGGUAGAGUAGAAUGAAGUUCUCAGCGUUUCAAUUUUGGUCCUUCGCUUAAUAUGGCAAAUGGCUUCUAUUUCAGGUAGAAGUUCAUACAUGGUAUGUAAUCAAAGUCGAUGUAACUUAUUGCCUACGGCUACAUAAAUUGGGAUUUAUUUGA